UUGGCUUUGACAGCAGCCGCCACAAGUCUUUCCGCCUCCCCAGGCUGCCUGGGAGCUGGGAGCUGGGAGCUGGAUUAUGGUGGCCUGACCAGCAAACGCAGCCGCAGGAGCCCUGAGCCCCGGCCCCGGCCCGCUGCCGAUUUGCCUGGAGGAUCGGGACGCCGGCUGACCUGCCAUGCCUGCCCCUCCCAGCCCUGGGGAGGCUCUGAGUCGGCCUCUCCCAGACCGCUGCUGAGGCUGGUCGCCAGCGGCCAGAUGUAGCCCGGCUUCGGAUUCCUCUCUUCCCCUUCUCUCUCUGCGGAUUUCUCCUGCCUGCUACCCACAGCCGGAAUAGGGGCUGGCCAAAGUGCCUGCAGGCUCUGGAGCCCUGAUGCCUUGCAGCUCACUCCCCUGAGAAGCUACCACCAGCACCCAGGAGUUAGGGGCAGGCAACAGGGACGGACGUGGGCCAGAGGGCUUAAAAGGCCAGGGCCCACCAUGGCCCAAGCACUGCCCUGGCUCCUGCUGUGGAUGGGCUCGGGCAUGCUGCCUGCCCACUGCACCCAGCCUGGCAUCCGGCUGCCCCUGCGAAGCGGGCUUGGGGGGGCCCUCCUGGGGCUGCGGCUACCCCGGGAGACGGACGAGGAGCAGGAGGAGCCCAGCCGGAGAGGCAGCUUUGUGGAGAUGGUGGACAACCUGAGGGGCAAGUCCGGGCAGGGCUACUACGUGGAGAUGACCGUGGGCAGCCCCCCACAGACGCUCAACAUCCUGGUGGACACAGGCAGCAGUAACUUUGCAGUGGGGGCUGCCCCCCACCCCUUCCUACAUCGCUACUACCAGAGGCAGCUAUCCAGCACCUACCGGGACCUGCGAAAGGGCGUGUAUGUGCCCUACACCCAGGGCAAGUGGGAGGGGGACCUGGGCACCGACCUGGUGAGCAUCCCCCAUGGCCCCAACGUCACCGUACGUGCCAACAUCGCUGCCAUCACUGAAUCGGACAAGUUCUUCAUCAAUGGCUCCAACUGGGAGGGCAUCCUGGGGCUGGCCUAUGCUGAGAUCGCCAGGCCCGAUGACUCCCUGGAGCCUUUCUUUGACUCCCUGGUAAAGCAGACCCACGUUCCCAACCUCUUCUCCCUGCAGCUCUGCGGUGCUGGCUUCCCCCUCAACCAAUCGGAAGCACUGGCCUCGGUUGGAGGGAGCAUGAUCAUUGGGGGCAUUGACCACGCGCUGUACACAGGCAGUCUCUGGUACACACCCAUCCGGCGGGAGUGGUACUACGAGGUGAUCAUUGUGCGGGUGGAGAUCAACGGGCAGGACCUGAAAAUGGACUGCAAGGAGUACAACUAUGACAAGAGCAUUGUGGACAGUGGCACCACCAACCUUCGUUUGCCCAAGAAAGUGUUUGAAGCUGCUGUUAAAUCCAUCAAGGCUGCCUCCUCGACGGAGAAGUUUCCAGAUGGUUUCUGGCUUGGGGAGCAACUGGUGUGCUGGCAAGCAGGCACCACCCCUUGGAACAUCUUCCCAGUCAUCUCCCUCUACCUGAUGGGUGAAGUCACCAAUCAGUCCUUCCGCAUCACCAUCCUUCCACAGCAAUACCUUCGGCCAGUGGAAGAUGUGGCCACGUCCCAAGACGACUGUUACAAGUUCGCCAUCUCACAGUCCUCCACAGGCACUGUUAUGGGAGCUGUUAUCAUGGAGGGCUUCUACGUGGUCUUUGAUCGGGCCCGAAAACGAAUUGGCUUUGCUGUCAGCGCUUGCCAUGUGCAUGAUGAGUUCAGGACGGCAGCGGUGGAAGGUCCUUUUGUUACCCCGGACAUGGAAGACUGUGGCUACAACAUUCCCCAGACAGAUGAAUCCACCCUCAUGACCAUCGCCUAUGUCAUGGCUGCCAUCUGCGCCCUCUUCAUGCUGCCACUCUGCCUCAUGGUGUGUCAGUGGCGCUGCCUUCGCUGCCUCCGCCACCAACACGAUGACUUUGCUGAUGACAUCUCCCUGCUGAAGUGAGCAGGUGCAUGGGCAGAAGAUGGAGAUUCCCUGGACCACAUCUGGGUGGUUCACUUUCACUUUGGUCACAAGUAGGAGACACAGGUGGCACCUGUGGCCAAAGCACCUCAAGACCCUCACUCACCUGCCAAAUGCCUCUGUCUUGACAGAAAUGAAGGAAAGCUGGCAAGGUGGGCUGCAGGGAUUGUGCCUGUGGCAAACAGGAGAGGGAAGAAAGAAGCACUCUGGUGGCGGGAAUACUCAGUGCAAACUUGAGUUUGGAAAUUCUGCUGCUUGAAACUUCAGCCCUGAACCUUUUCCCUCCAUCCCUUUAGAUUCUCCAUCCCAAAGUAUUCUUCUUUCCUGAGGUCCAGAAGCAGUGGCAUCACACCCAGUGUCUGUCUCUGGAAUGUGCUGGCAGAGAAAAGGCCAGUCUUGUUUCUCCGCUGGCCAGUCAGUGGGAGCAGAGGCACAGUCUGCUAUUUGCUUUAGAGAUAGGAGCUGUACAAACAAGCCUAACACUGGUGCAAAGACUGCCUCUCUAAGUACAAAUAAUUGCAUUGAAAAUUUGUACAAAUAGGGGUGACUGGAAGAGGAGGAGAGGAGGGCUGAGACAGGGACCCAACGGAUCAAAGCUUAGAAGGGCAGAAAAAUAACCGCCUGCCAGCCCCAGAUUUCGAUGGCAUCUCCAAGACAGAAUCCCAUCUCAGAAGAUGGGUGUUACUUCCUAAGGCUUCCUUUUCUGUGGUGGGCAGCCUAACCAAAAUAAGAUGGAAAGAAGGGAUUAUCUAACCAAAAUGGGGCUUUUUAGCUCUCUUAAAUUGAAAAGUACCCACUAAGAAAUUCCAUUUAACAAAUGAAUUUCUACCUUAUUAACUCCACUUGUCUGUACCUGAGCCCUUCACUCUACAUAUGACAGGUAGCACUGAAAUAUCCCAGCUCUCUUAAAAUCCUAGGUGCCCUAUGGGAAAGCAAAUAAAGCAGGACUGAGCUUUGUC